UUCACUGAGGCUGGCAGAUGUCCUUUUAUAUGGAUAACAAAAUGGAACAGGAUUUUCUGCAAGUUUAUUAUCAUGAGUUUGUAAUACAUACAAGGACAAAACAAAAACUUUAUGCAUCAUAGUCGCGUGAGGAGAGCAAAUCAAUCUGUUCAAUUCUUCAAGAUGACGAGAUUCUUUUGGAAUAUCAUUUGCAUCCUUUGUUUUUUUCAUCUAGGACGUUUACAAAUGAUUUCAAAAUGUGGAAUUCCAAAAUGCAGGUUUAGCCUGAGAACAAAAUCCGAAUAUGUUUACGACCAAAAUGAUGUCCCAAUGAAAGCAAAAACAACUGGUCUCGGUAUUUAUCGGUCAAAUGAAAACGAUCAGUACAAUUAUAGUAAGUGCUACAUCGAUACGGCCAGUGUUCUGGACAAAUUCCAGUUUGACGAAAAUCCACUUUAUGCUGUUCUUAUUCUAAUGUGUAACAGAGAAGUUGAAGUGUUUUUUAGUGAGGAUGACAGACCUUACUUACCGAAUGUAAUCGGAUAUAUACAAAUUAGUUCAUGCCUUAUUACUCAGGAACAACUACGUCCUUUCAGAGACAGAUUUGUAAUGCAUUUUAUCAAUAUGUUAUUUAACUAUCCUCCGCAGGACUCUGAAUAUUGCAAAGGAAACCCCUUAAAUAAAAGUUAUUGUGAGAUAUGGAACACGAUUGAUGGUUUCAUAUGGGAACCACAGUUUUCAAAUCCAGCGGCAUCUGUAACACCACUUAUUAAUAUUUUUAAUUGUAAUAUAACAUUUCCCUCUGUGAGAGAAAUACAACUAACGAAGGUUCCUAUGAAACAGUAUUUACCGAAAUUACCAGAUUUGUUUCCAAGAUUACAAAUGCUUAAUAUUAUUAAUUCAGACUUGACAGAGCCUCCGGAUUUCCCAUGGAACGAUGAAUGGUUGCCACUUAGUUACAAUUUGUCAAGGACGAAUGCUCAUCAUUUUCAGUUUGCUGAACAGUUUAACAUAGAUAUGCCAAAAAACUUUUUUAGGAAAUCAAUGCAACUGAGUAAAAACAAUAUUUCAGACCUCAUGACUCAUAACUUCGAAGGCUUUCUGAUAUCACUUGAUUUAUCAGAGAAUGGACUCAAAGCAGUUAGCGAGUUUACAUUUAGAAACAUUCGAGGUCUUCAGCAUCUUGAUUUGAGCCGAAAUAAUUUGCUAUUAAUUCCGAGGAAUGCUUUUAAAAAUCUUACAGAGUUGCGCCAUCUGGAUGCAAAAGAUAAUCUUUUAUCUCACCUCUCAAGGUAUCUGUUAUCCGAUAACAAAGCUUUGGUGUACAUAGAUUUUUCGAAAAAUAAGAUAAGAACAAUUGAAUCAAACACAUUUUCUCAUUUACAAUUUCUUAGAGAACUUCACUUAGAAUACAAUGAAAUCACAGUUUUACACCAACAAUGUUUUCCAAGUCAGUCACUUAAAUUUAAGAAACUUUUUCUAGAUGGCAACAGUUUUUCUGAAAUCCCAACAGCCGUAUUUCAUUUGCAGUCUUUGGAUAAAAUUAGUAUCACAAACUCAAGUAUAAGAUUUCCAAAUUUCACUCGAACAAUGUUAGACAUAAAAUGGAUGUUUACGCAGGAGGAUGGAGAGGAAACACCCGGCACCCCAGAUAAUACGAAUUCUGACAAUAAGCAGCAAACUGAUAUUUUUCAUAAAGUAGUUUUAGACCUCACUGGUAACAAAAUUGACAACCUCAAUCUACCUUAUUACAAUUUAAACGAUGUAAGUGAAAAAGAAACAAAACAACUACACAAUAUUCUCCUGUUGUUCUUGCAAACGUUUCAGAUUCAGCUGGAGAACAACCCUCUUCGUUGUGAUUGCGGAAUAAACCAAAUAUCUAAAGUAGUAAAUCAUUUCUUAGAGAAGAAAUUAAUUAAAGAGGAUAUAUAUUUCAAUACGUGGAAAUGUUUCUCACCAACUGAAUUUCAAAACCGUCCACUUUUAGAAAUAAAAGAGGAAGACACAUAUUGUGAGAAAAACAUGUCUUUCUGCCCGACAAAUUGUACCUGCUUUGAAAGAUCUAUGAGCAGAAUAAAUAUUAUAGAUUGCCGGGAUCAUGGAUAUCGCAAAUUACCAAUACGUUUACCCUCUGGAAUUUUAGAUCUUUGGUUUGAUAAAAACAAUAUCACCACAUUAGAUAAUAAAGAAUACAUGGACCGAAUUAGAACAUUGAACCUCUCCCGUAAUAAUAUUGCACGCAUUGAACCAGGAGUAUUUAAGCAAAUGAAAAACAUUCAAGAACUCUCUUUAAAUUCUAACUUUCUUGUUUCUCUACCUGCUGAGAUUCAGAUAUAUUUCUCUGGAUCUAUUUAUCUAGAAGAUAAUCCAUUCAAAUGUGAUUGUCACACAAAGUGGUUAAAACAAUGGAUGACGCAACGUGCAGAUAUCGUGGUCGACUCCCAGAAAGUUACAUGUAAUGUUGAUGAAGAAAAUAGGGAAGGACAGAAAUUGAUUUUUGUACCAGAUAGUGAUUUCAUCUGUUUGGAGGACUAUGAUUCCCACAAUAAGGUCUUUAUUCCUACAGUUGUGUGCUCCGUUUUGCUGGUAGUACUGAUAGUAACCGUGUCCGUCUUAUACAUCUAUAGACUGGAAGUAAAAGUUCUGCUAUAUGUUUACCUUGGAUUUCAUCCCUUCGAUCAGGACAAAGAUUGUAAAGAAGUCAUUGACGUGUUAGUCGUACAUUCUCCUAAUAUAACGGACUGGGUCAUGGAAAAUAUUGUCGAGUAUUUGGAGUUCUGUAAUUCACAUUAUUUGGUUUGUGAAAUGAUGAGAGAUUUUGUUGCUGGUUUUUCAUAUCAGGAAAACAUUGCAACGUUAGUAAAACAUAGUAAAAGAAUCAUAAUAGUGCUUUCAAAAGACUUCCUGAAUGAAGAUAUUCUUAAAAUUGCAUGGAAUGAAUCUCAGGAAAAGAUAAAAGCACAGAAAGCCAAUUAUGCUAUCGUUGUUUCACAUAAUGCAAAUAUAAAAGAAAUCCAAAUCAAGGAAUUGAAGCAAUAUGUAAAGGGAGGACGAAACAUUGAAGCCUCACUAAGCCUCUUUCAGGAAAAACUUUUGUAUUGUAUGCCACAACUGAAAAAUGAUGAAACUAGACUCAAAAGCUUACCUGAUUUAAAGUAUCUUAUUCAGCAUAUGUACGGAAGUGAUGUUAACAAUGCCGAAAUGUAUGAACGUCAUGCAUUCGUAUCUUACGGUGAGAGUAAGAUGGGUUAUGUUAUGAACGAACUGAGGCCUAUAUUGGAGGACAAUGGAUUUACACUGUGUCUCCCUGAUAGAGAUUUUAUCCCAGGGGCACCAAAGGAAGAAAACGUCCUAAAAGCCAUCGACAACUGCCUCCAUACAAUAUUUCUUUUGUCUGGAGAACAGUUGGACAAUGAGUGGUCAAUAUUCACGUUCCGGUCUGCCAGUGAAAAGUCAAUGAGGGAGAAAUGCAAUCAUCUGAUUGUUGUUCUCGGGGAUGACGUUAACUUGGAUACCAUGUGCGAGGAGGUCAGGGCAUAUGUGAAAACUCACGUUUCUUUAUGUGUGAAGGAAAAGGGGUUUGUUAAACGGUUACUAAAUGCUCUACCUGAUAUUGAGGAUCACGAACUUUACAUCCGAAAUGAUGAAAAUAAUUUUGUCAAUUUUGAAAACCUGCAUAAUGAAAUUGAAUACUGGCACGAUGACACUGCUCCUGGAGUCAUUGAAGAGAAAAAGAAUGGGUAUGUGAACGGUGGGAAACAAAAUGGCAAACUUCAUGUAUCUGAUAUUCACUUGAAUGGGUUCCAUCGUUAUGACAACAAAGCUUUUGAAGGACACGGUUUUCUCUCUCUGGGAAAAUUGCAAGAUCUUUCAGAUUGUGAAAUUCCAAAAUGCAAGAUUCAUAUUAGGACAAAGCCAUCGCCACCGGUCAUGGACCAACACGCUGUUCCAAUGGAAACAAAGGUAACUGGUAUCAUUAUAGUUCGGGAUGACAAUUAUAACUACACUAGGUGCACGGUGGAUACGGCUAGCUUUCUGGAUAAUUUCAGUUUCGAUAACAAUCCCGUCUACGCUGUUUUUGUACUUGCUUGUAAUAAAGAAGUGGAAGUGUAUUUCUCUGAGGAUAAUAGAUCUUACCUACCGAAUGUUAUGGCAUAUUUCCAAAUCACGUUAUGCCGAAUAACCCAGGAGCAGCUUCAGCCUUUCAGAAACAGAUUCAAAAUAUUUAUGGUAAAUCUAAUGGCAAACUACCCUCCACUUGAUUUCAGAUACUGCGACGGAACUCCUGUUAAUCUUAGCUACUGUGGAGUCUGGAAUACUCUUCAGGGAAUUUUCUGGGAGCCACAGCCUGCCACACUGACCGAUUCUGUGUCAACAAUUCAAGAUUUGUUGUUUUGUAAUUCAACCUUUCCAGACAUCAAAGAAAUUCAACUCACAAAAGUUCCGAUGCAACAAUAUUUACCAUCAUUGUCGACUUUGUUUCCAAGACUGCAAGUUCUUAAUAUAAUUGACUCAGAUUUGACUGAGCCUCCUAAUUUUCCAUGGAGCGAUAUAUGGCUGACAUUAAGUAUCAACAUGUCGAGAAGGGAUCAAGCACAAAGCGACUAUGCUGGACAGUACAACAUUCAGCUGGCAAAUAACUAUCAUAUGAAAUCUAUGUCUCUGAGUAAAAACAAGAUUUCAAACCUCGGCAAUCAUAGCUUCAAAGGAUUUCUGCAUUUACUUGAUUUAUCAGAGAAUGGACUAGAAGAUAUCAAUGAAUUUACGUUUAGAAAUCUUCUCGGUUUCCAACAUCUUGAUCUAAGUGAAAAUAAAUUAAAAAUUAUUCCAAAGGAUACUUUUAAAGGUCUUACAGAGUUACGCCAUCUGGAUGUGAAAGAUAAUUUGAUUACAUAUCUCUCAAAUGAUCUCUUUUCUGAUAACACAAAGAUGGUGUACGUCGACUUUUCAAAAAAUAAUAUAAAUACGAUUGAAAUUAAUACAUUUUCUCACUUACAUUUUCUUAGGGAACUUCACUUGGAGGACAAUAAUAUUUCUGCUUUACAUCCACAAUAUUUUCCCAGUCAGUCGACUGAAUUAAAACAACUUUUUCUAGAUGGCAAUAAGUUUUUCGAUUUCCCAACAGCAGUAUUUGAACUGCGAUUACUGGAGAAAAUAAGUGUAAGAAAUUCAAAUAUAAGAUUUCAAAACUUCAGCCGAACCAUGCUGAAUCUAAAAUGGGAGUCAACACCGGAAGAUGGAAAUGACCCACACAGUUCCGUGAAGAACUCAAAUUCGGAAACAAGACAGCAAACCGAUAUAGGUCACAAAGUCAUAUUAGACUUUACUGGAAACAAAAUUGAAAAUCUCCGCUUACCGUGGUACGACAUCAAAAGUUUCAAAGACAAAGAUACAGAAAAACUACACAAAAAUCUCUUGUUCUUCUUCCAAACGUUUCAGAUUCUGCUGGUGAACAACCCUCUUCGUUGUGAUUGCGGAAUAAACCAAAUAUCUAAAUUAGUAAAACAUUUCUUAAACGAGAAAUUGAUUGGAGAGGAUAUAUAUUUCAAUGCGUGGAAAUGUUUCUGGCCAUCUGAAUUUCAAAAUCGUCCACUAUUAGAAAUAAAGGAGGAAGACACAUAUUGUGAGAAAAAUAUGUCCUUGUGUCCGACUAAUUGUACAUGCUAUAAACGAUCAGUAACUGAAAUAAAUAUUAUAGACUGUCGGGAUCGUGGUUACCGUUCUUUACCCGAAAAAUUGCCAUCUGGUACUUUAGAUCUUUGGUUUGACAAAAACAAUAUAACUUAUUUAAAUAGUAGAGAAUAUUUAAACAGGGUUAGAACAUUGAACCUUUCUAGUAAUAAUAUUGCAAGGAUAGACGAUGCUGUAUUCCAGCAAAUGAAAAAUAUUCGAGAACUCUUUUUGAAUUCUAACUUUCUUGUUUCUUUGCCUGCUGCUACUCAGGAAUAUUUUUCAGGAUCUAUUUAUCUAGAAGAUAAUCCAUUCAAAUGUGAUUGUAACACAAUGUGGUUAAAACAAUGGAUGACACAACGAGCAGAUAUAGUGGUCGACUCCCAGAAAGUUACAUGUAAUGUUGAUGAAAAAUACGGGGAAGGACAGAAAUUGAUUUUUGUACCAGAUAGUGAUUUUAUCUGUUUGGAGGACUUUGAUUCCUACAAUAAGGUCUUUAUUCCUACAGUUGUGUGCUCCGUUUUGCUGGUAGUACUGAUAGUAACCGUGUCCGUCUUAUACAUCUAUAGACUGGAGGUAAAAGUUCUGCUAUAUGUCUACCUUGGAUUUCAUCCCUUCGAUCAGGACAAAGAUUGUAAAGAAGUCAUUGACGUGCUAGUCGUACAUUCUCCUAAUAUAACGGACUGGGUCAUGGAAAAUAUUGUCGAGUAUUUGGAGUUCUGUAAUUCACAUUAUUUGGUUUGUGAAAUGAUGAGAGAUUUUGUUGCAGGGUUCUCAUAUCAGGAAAACAUUGCUACUUUAGUUAAACAUAGUAAAAGAAUAAUAAUAGUGCUAUCGAAAGAAAUACUGAAUGACGAUAUUUUAAAAAUUGCGUGGAACGAGACAAAAGAAAAAAUUAAAGCACAGAAGACCAAUUAUGCUAUUGUUGUUUCAUAUGAUGUAAAUCUAAAAGAAAUCCAAAGCAAAGAGUUAAAGCAAUAUGUGAAGGGAGGACGGCAUAUUGAUGCUUCACUAAGCCUCUUUCAGGAAAAGCUCCUGUAUUGUAUGCCACAACUGAAAGAUGAUGAAACAAGAAUCAAAAGUUUACCUGAUUUAAAAUAUCUGAUUCAGCACAUGUAUGGAAGUGAUUAUCUCAACGCCGAAAUGUAUGAACGUCAUGCUUUUGUAUCUUAUGGUGAGAGUAAAAUGGGUUAUGUAAUGAAUGAAUUGAGGCCUAUAUUGGAGGACAAUGGAUUUACACUUUGCCUCCCUGACAGGGACUUUAUUCCCGGGGCACCAAAGGAAGAAAACAUACUAAAAGCCAUCGACAACUGCCUUCAUACAAUUUUUCUCUUGUCUGGAGAACAGUUGGACAAUGAGUGGUCAAUAUUCACCUUUCGAUCUGCCAGUGAAAAGUCAAUGCGGGAGAAAUGCAACCAUUUAAUUGUUGUUCUUUUGGAUGACGUUAACUUGGAUACCAUGUGUGAAGAGGUUAAAACCUAUGUAAAUACUCAUGUGUCUCUCAGGGUUAACGAAAAAGGAUUUAUCAAACGGUUACUCAACGCUUUGCCUGACGUUGAAGAUCACGAACUUUACAUCAGAAAUGAUGAAAAUAAUUUUGUCAAUUUUGAAAACCUGCAGGAGAAGAUGGGAGAUAAUUUCACAGAAACUGCUCCUGAUAUCAUAGAACCCGAAGUGAGAAUGAAUGGGGAUGUGAACAGGAAUAAUGGAAAACAAAAUGGUUAUGUUCAUCUAUCUGAUAUUCAUCUGGAUGGGUCUCUUUACUAUUAUAACAACAAAGCUUUUCAAGGAGACAGAACGGCUGUUACAGACAUAAACGAAAAGGAAAAUUAAGGGUGGAAAAUAUGUGCAGGAGAAAAUCAAAUCCCAUCAGUUGAUUUGACAACUUUUUUUUAC